AUGAUAUCAAGCAACAAUAGUCUCAAACGUAAAUCAUCAAUACCAAUAUCAACAGAUAAUAAUACAAUAAUAAAACGAUUCCGUGGUACUUCUUAUGAUGGAAAAAUUUAUUGUAAUGAAUAUCAAAAAUCUUUAUCAACAAAUAAAUCUCAACAAUCAACAAAGAAGAUGACAAUAUAUAAUAGUAAACAAAAUAUGACAUCAGAAUAUCGUCAACUUCAAUAUGAAUUACAAUGUCAAGAAGCUUUACUUGUUCUUAUGCAAAAGCUUAAAACAAAUCAACGAAUUAUAUCACAAACAAAUAAUACUAAUCAACGAACAACAACAACAACAACAACAACAACAACAUCGUCUGUUAAUACAACAAAAUUAAAUUCAACUAUACCAACAAAACAACCAUCUAAUUUAACAAAUCGAUCAACACCAACUAAACCACCUCAUCCAAAUCAAUAUACAGUUAAUCGAUCAAAUAAUAAUUUACAACAACAAACAUCAAAACCUUCUCAAUCAUUACCUCAAGCUAUUCGUCAGUCAACUAAUAGUACAUUACCAAUAACAGCUACUCGUCUAUCAUCAACUUCAACUACAAAAAAUUCUACUGUAACAUCAACAACAAAUAAUACUUCAAAAAAUAAUGGAAUUACUACAGAUCAACAUUUAUUUAAUGCUAAAUUAGCUUUACGUAAACAACUUGAACAAACUCUUUUACAAAUUCCAACACCAAAACCAACUAUAUGUGAUUUAACUUAUAUUCCUGGUAUAAAUGGUUGGGCAGAAUUUUUAACAUUAGUUGGUCUUGAACAAGCCUAUAAUACAUAUACAGAUUUUGUUAAUCGUCGUUAUUCAUCAGAAAUUUCAGUAAUAUUACCAUAUAUGUGUACUCAAUGUGGUACAGAUUGGUCUGUAACAUGGCAUGAUAUAUCAUUAAUAAAUGAUAAUAAUAAUAAAGAUGAAAAAAUUGUUUGUGAUCGCUGUAGGAAAACAUCACAGAAAAAAAUUCUUAAACAAGAUCAUUCAAAUCGUUUACGACAAGCAUUUAUGAAAGCAUUACAACAAGAAAAAGAACUUGAUGCAAAAUUUCAACAACAAUCAUUAACAACAAUAGUUAAACAAUCAUCAUCAUCAACAUCAUCAACAUCAUCAUCAUCACAUCAUAAAUCUUCGAAUAAAUCUUUAUCAACAAAAAUAAAUUCAAAUCAUCAAUCUAAUAAACAUACAAAUAAUAAUAAUAAUAAUAAUAAUAAUAAUCAUCAUCAUCAUAGUGGAAAGACUAGUUCAUCAAAACAUCCGAUAAAUCCAGUUGAUACAUUUGCAUCAGCUUUAGCUGCUUUACCAACUAAUGAACAAAUAGAAUUAUUUCAAAAACAUUUUUUAUCAAAUAUGUUUCCAUUUGCUGUUGCUAAUCAAGCAGCUGUACUUGCAACUAAAACAACUCAACAACAACAACAAGCAUUAGCUGCAUCAUUACCAGCUAUGGCUGCUUCAUUGAUGCGUCAAGGAAAUCCUGCUCAAUAUUUACUUGAUAUGAUACCACAAGCAGCUAAACAACAUCAUCGUCAUUCAAAAUGA